UGUCCAGCCUUAUAUGAUCGGCAGGCACCGCCGACCCUCGGCCGCCUUUCGCAUAGCAUAUGCCAACCUCACUCGUUGCUCUCGCACUCGUUUCGCUUUGAGACGGCUUUCUCUGCUCGUGUGACGGCUCCAUCUGAGCAGAAUGCUUCUCUCGAAGCUGAUCCAAGGCCUAGGGGUCUUGUCCCUCGUUCAUGUCGCUUUUGCAGCGGAGGAACCUGUGUACAAGAGGACGAAUGAGACAGAGAACUCGGGCGAAGCGGUCGAGGUGCAAGAGAACGUCGUGGCCCAUUGGUGUACGAGUACAAUGACGGUCACCACGACCGAGACCAAGACGAUGACGGAGAAGCACAGCGCAGCAACCGUCACUGUAACCGAGACUGUAACAGCUUCCGCGGCCACGGUUACCGUUACGGCUUCGGCGUCCACCGUUACGGUUACGGAUACCGCCACGGCCACUGCGACGGCGACCGUGAGCUGGCUAACCACUCACGAAGUCAGCGUCAACGUGACUGCCACGGCUACUGCAACAGCCACGGCUACUGCUACACAAACCAUUGGAACAACCAAGUUCAUCACCACGACGCACCUGUCAACCUAUACAACGUCCUACCCGGUUACCGAGACCUUCACUGUCUGCAAAAGGCAUACGGACCAAUGCGUGGUUAGCACGACAACUAAGUGGGAGACGACCACCGCAACCGAAACAGUCAAGACAACAAUUCCCACCACAAUCACCAAGGCCACAACUGAAACAAGUAGCUUCACUGUCACCAGGACUGAAACUACGACGUUCACGACCAGCUACCCGUACACGGUGAUCAACAACCGGACAAUAUGGACGACAGAUACCGUCACAACAACCUAUACGACCAAAAUUCCAACAACGGUCCCGACGACAUUGACCAACACUGUCACGGCUACUGAAUUUGUGCCCACAACACUGACGGAGACAAGCACCUUUACCACUCGCUAUAUAUACACAGUCAUAAACAACCAGACGAUUUGGCACACUACGACCGCCACGACCACCUAUACGACCGAAAUUUUCACUACUGUCCCCACGACGGUCCCGACGACAGAAUAUGUGCCAACGACCGAAACGCGAACUGAGACAAGCACCUUCACAACCAGCUACCCGUAUACUGUCGUAAACAAUCACACGAUAUGGAAGACAGAAACCGUGACGACAACAUAUACGACUGAGGUCCCGACGACUGUCCCAACGACGAUUCCGACGACGUUGACUGACACAGUCACGGCCACCGAAUUCGUUCCAACCACAAUCCCAACCACCUUGACCUCUAUUGUCACCACGACAGAACUUGUGCCAACGACACUGACAGAGACAAGCACCUUCACCACCGUCUCCACAUUUACUACCUCCUUCCCUGUCACCGUGACCGAUAGCACGACUAUCUUCACCACUCAAACGUCGACGGUGACGGCGACGAGCACCACCACCUUUACAACCGUGAGCACAUUUACGAGAGAAGUCACGAGCACGCUCGUUAGCGUGAGCACUUUGACCGAAGAGGUCACGGAUACGGUCACGAACACGGUCGUCAGCCUCACUACGCUGCCUGCCUCCACUGUCGUCACCACGUUCACUACAGUUCUGCCUGCAAUCACCAUCACCGUGACAGAGGACGGAACGACCAUCACAACCGUUAUACCCGGACCCACGGUAACCGAAGUCACGACCGCCACUCUUCCCCCGGUCACAAUAUCCGUCCCGGGUCCUACCGUGUCCGUCCCCGGUCCUACCGUUACAACUGAGGUGGUGGUCUGUGCCGUUCCGACCCAGAACGCCGCGGCACCUGGUGCAACGCGUCGGGAUCAGACAUGGGGCUGCGAUCCCGGAUUGGUCUGUAUGCCCAUAAAGCCCGGAGCUUGUAAUGUGUGGGCAGACUCUCCGAGCGAUGAUUAUGUCUGCGAUCCAGGUCGCUGCCUGCCGGCGCCUUAUUACCCGCGGGUGGAGUGGCCCGAGAACGAGACGAGCUGGUAUCCUCCUACUGAGGGCUAUUUCAACCUCAACCCCAAUGCGUUUGGUUUAAGCUACGAGAUUUUCGAGUUUGACGAGGUUGUGACCGUGAUUGAUGGGAAGAAGACAACGGUCACGACAGGCGACUGGGCCUCUCAGACGAGCAUUUCGCACUUCCCGGCACAGACCACGACGUCCGCCGUGACAACUACGACGAAGCAUUACGCACGGGACCAUACGCAUCUUCUAUUGAAGCGGGACGAAACGGUCGUACCAGCUGUUUGCUUCGACAUUUGCAACAACGCGUACUUGGAGGCCCAGCGCGUCGGCAAGUCGCCAGAACUAUGCCAGCCCGACUCUGUUUUCAGGGAAUAUUAUGACAGCUGUCAUAUAUGCAUUGAGGCAAAUGUCGCCGAUGUUGUGAUUACCAAGAGGGUUUACUUGGAUUCCAAGUUCGAGCAGUUCCUUGGCUUCUGCGACCUUCAGCCCGGGGCAUCACAGGUCACCAACACGCCGCCACAAACCCAAGUGACAGGAACGCCGACGCUCACUUCCCGGACGCAGGAGGCGCCGAAUACGGAAACGGCUCCCGUGCCGAUCAGUCCCUCGACCACAACCUCGGCUAGGCCAUCACCGACCUCGUCAGAAGUCGCCUCGGAAGUUCCCCCGUCCUCGACCUCGAUCCCUACCUCGACCUCGACUUUGACCUCGACUUCGACCUCGACCUCGUCGGAAUCAAAAGUCAUCCCGACGUUCACGCCCAGCCUGACGGUGGGUCCAACCUCGCGGAAUGGGACGUCACCCACGUCGCCUACGACGACCCGCCCCCUUGCCACUGCCGCUGCCCCGGCUAGGAUGGCCCCGCGUGGCAUCUUUGGCCCGGGCAAUGUGUUUGCUUAUUUCCUGGCCGCCAUCUUCUUGCUUUAGAUGGCAGCUUGAUGUUUCGCGAGCAUCUUCACUUCUUAAUACUUAAUUCCUGUGUCAAAAAAGCUAUUUUUAAUGCGGAGGUAUUGAAUGGGU